CUCUCCUCCCCUAUCACCCUUUUAGACUCCUUUUAUAUCCUUAAAAAAUGCCGGCUAACGGUGCUGUUCAGGCCGUUCUUCCCCACGGACACUUCCUCUUCACAAGCGAGAGUGUUGGUGAAGGACAUCCAGACAAGAUUUGUGAUCAGGUCUCAGAUGCCAUAGCAGUAAUUCUCUAUUUCAUUGCUCAGCUUGAUGCCUGCCUGGAGCAGGAUCCUUUCUCUAAGGUUGCUUGUGAAACGGCCUCGAAGACGGGCAUGAUCAUGGUGUUUGGCGAGAUCUCCACCAAGGCACAUCUCGAUUAUCAGAAAAUCAUCCGGGAGACCAUUCGCCAGAUCGGAUAUGAUGACUCGUCCAAGGGCUUCGAUUAUAAGACUUGCAACAUCCUUGUUGCCAUUGAGCAACAAUCCCCAGAUAUCGCCCAGGGUUUGGAUCAUGGUAACCUUGAGAACCAUGGGGCUGGAGAUCAAGGCAUUAUGUUUGGUUAUGCGACGGAUGAGACGGAAGAAUGCAUGCCCCUCACCGUUGCUCUCGCACAUGAGCUCAACUUUGCCAUGGCAGUUGCGCGUCGUUCCGGCGCCCUUCCAUGGCUCCGUCCCGAUUCCAAGACACAAGUUACCAUUGAAUACAAGAAGGAUGGUGGUGCGGUGAUUCCUCUGAGAGUUGACACUGUCGUCAUUUCUACUCAGCACGCUGAUACCAUCACCACUGAGGAGCUCAGACGUGAGGUGAUCGAGAAGAUUGUAAAGCAGGUCAUUCCUGCCAAACUCUUGGAUGAGCGUACCAUUUAUCAUAUACAACCCUCUGGACGUUUUGUGAUCGGUGGACCUCAAGGCGAUGCGGGCCUGACAGGCCGCAAGAUCAUUGUUGACACGUACGGUGGCUGGGGUGCCCAUGGUGGAGGUGCUUUCAGCGGGAAGGACUUCUCCAAAGUUGAUCGCUCCGCCGCUUACACUGCUCGUUGGAUUGCGAAGUCCUUGGUGAAGGCUGGCCUGGCUCGUCGUGUCCUUGUUCAGCUUUCGUACGCAAUCGGCGUGGCCGAGCCUUUGUCUAUAUACGUGGACACCUAUGGGACCGGCAAAAAGUCGGACGAUGAGUUGGUCACUAUCAUUAGAAAGAAUUGGGAUCUACGUCCUGGCGUUAUUGUGCGCGAACUUGACCUGCAGAAACCGCAAUAUCUCAAGACCGCUUCCUAUGGUCACUUUGGUAACCCAAGCUAUGCGUGGGAAAAGCCUAAGCAGCUCAAAUUAUAA